AUGGCUGAAGCAAUUGUUUCCGCUGUCUUGGAGCAACUGACUUCAAUCAUUGCUGAAGGGAUACAACAGGAGGUGAAGCUAGUUGUUGGUGUCGAAAAAGAAGUCAAAAAGCUUAGGAGCAAUCUUGAAGAUAUUGAAGCUGUGCUUGUUGAUGCAGAGGAAAGGCAAGUGAAGGAGAAAGCUCAAAUUGAGGGAGCUGAAGAUGCUGGUGUUCCUAAGAAGAAGGUGUGUUUCUUCUUUCCCUCCUCUUGCUUUUCAUUCAAACAAGUUAGUUUACGACGUGACAUUGCAAUGAAGAUAAAAGAUGUAACUGAAAAUCUAGACGGCAUUGCGAAACAAAAAGAUAUGUAUACUUUUAACAGGAUUAGAAGUGUUGAAAAGUCUGAACGAGUACAAAGUACCUCGUUUGUUGAUGUGUUUGAGAUAUGUGGUCGAGUUGAGGAAAAGAGUAUUUUAGUUCCUAAGCUGUGUGAGAAUAGUGAACAACAACUUCCUAUCAUCUCUAUUGUAGGGAUGGGAGGCAUUGGAAAAACAAUUCUUGCUCAAUUUGCUUAUAAUGAUGAUAAAGUAAUAAAUAGUUUUGACAAAAGAAUGUGGGUAUGUGUAUCAGAACAUUUUGAUGAGUAUAGAAUUGCCACAGCAAUCAUUGAGGCUUUAGAGGAUUCUCCUUCAAAUUUAGCAGAAUUAGAUUCACUUCUUCGACAUAUUAAUAGAUCUAUUGUGGGAAAGAAAUUCUUUUUGGUGUUAGAUGAUGUGUGGAAUGAAGAUUACAAAAAAUUGGAACCAUUGUAUCAUUGCUUGAAGAAUGGUCUCCAUGGAAGUAAAAUUUUGAUUACCACACGUAAAGAGUCGGUUGCACGUAUGAUGGGAUCAAUUGAUAUUAUCAAUGUUAAGGAGUUGCCUGAUGAAGAAUGUUGGUUGUUGUUUAGGCGAUUAGCAUUUUUUGGUAUGCCUCAAGUGGAGUGUCAAAAAUUUGAAGAGAUUGGUAGACAAAUUUUAAGUAAGUGCAAAGGUUUGCCUCUUGCUGUGAAGACUAUCGGGAGUCUCUUGCGCUUUAAGAAACACAGGGAAGAGUGGCAAAGUAUCUUAGAGAGUGAAUUAUGGAAACUUGAAGAGUUUGAAAAAGAUAUUUUUCAGCCAUUAUUAUUGAGUUAUAAUGAUUUGCCUUCUAUGAUAAAACGAUGUUUCAUAUAUUGUGCCAUCUUUCCAAAGGACUACAACAUAAGAAGAAAAUAUUUGAUUCAAUUAUGGAUGGCUCAAGGAUAUCUUAAAGGAGAAGGAAAUGAUGUAAUGGAGAUAAUUGGUCAAAACUAUUUUGACUACUUAGCAUCACGCUCAUUCUUCCAGGAGUUCAAAAAAGACGAUAAGAAUAAUAUCUUUAAAUGUAAGAUGCAUUAUUUAGUACAUGAUUUUGCUCAAUUCUUGUGUAAGAAUGAAUGUCUCCACAAAGAAGUUAAUGGUCUUAAUGAACCAAUCAUAAACUCUUCUUAUCAUGAGCAAGUUUGUCACUUGAUAGUUACAAUUAAUGAAGAGGAUUCAUUUCCUAAUUCUGUUUUUAGUCUUAGAAGGAUGCGCAGUUUCUUAUAUAAUUUUGAAGAUUCCCAAGUUCAAUUGACUCCUAAUAUUUUACCAAAAUUAUUUGAUGAAUUGACGUCUUUAAAGGCAUUAUCCAUAGGUCCAUCGUGGCGGCAUGAACAUGUGAUUGAAGACAUCCCUAAAGAGGUUAGAAAAUUGAUACAUUUGAGGUAUCUUAAUUUGAGUUUUUUACGGAUCAGAAAACUUCCUGAAGCAUUAUGCGGAUUAUAUAAUCUGCAAAUUUUGGACAUUAAUCAAUGCAGAGAACUGGAAGAAUUACCUCAAGGGAUUGGAAAAUUAAUAAAACUAAGGCAUCUAGAAAAUUAUGGGACUACAUCAUUAAGAAACAUCCCUAUAGGAAUUCAAAGAUUGACUAAUCUCCGAAUCUUAAGGGAAUUCGUGUUAAGUGGUGGUGGUGGUAAUGGUGACAAAGCAUGCAGCCUUGAAGGUUUGAAAUACCUUGACCUCUUUGAAGAGUUGUAUAUAAGAGGGUUGGGAAAUAUAUCAGAUGUGAAUGAGGCUAAAAGAUCAAAAAUUAAGAAUCAGAAAAAUCUCCUUCAUUUGACUUUAGAUUUUAGAAAAGAUGAAGGAGAGAGGAGGAAUGAGGAUGAUGAAGCACUUCUUGAAAUCCUACAACCAUCUUUAAAUUUGGAGAAAUUACGGCUAGAUAAAUACAGAGGCAACACUAUUUUGCCCAACUGGAUGAUGUCCUUAACUAACCUCAGUCACUUAACAUUCCGUAACUGCGUAAAUUGCACGCAUUUGCCUUCCUUGGGAAAAUUGCCAUCCCUUGAAUCGUUAUCGAUAUGGGCGAUGAAGAGUGUAAAAAGAGUGAGUAAUGAAUUUUUGGGAAUAGAAAGUGAUGGCACAUCGUCAUCUUUUACUUUCUUCCCCAAAUUAAAAACUCUCACUUUUCAGAAUAUGGAUGAAUGGGAGGAGUGGGAUUAUGAGACUACAAGAAAUGGAGAAGAAGAAGGUGAUAUUACGAUCAUGCCAUCUUUGAUUUCCUUGUCAAUUCAUAGCUGCUCCAAACUGAAGGCACUACCAAACCACCUUGAUCAGAAUACAACACUGAAAAAAGAUAUUUCUCGUUGCCCUCUGCUACGCUACCGUUGA